AUGGUUCCCAAUGAAGCUCACCAGUACAUGGGGAUUAUCCUGUUACUACAGCAUUUCAAAUGGACCUGGGUUGGGAUCUUUGCUGCAGAUGAUGACAGCGGAGCACAUUUCUUGAAGGCCUUGGAGCCGCUACUUUCCAGCAAGGGAAUCUGUUUGGCUUUUUCUCAAAGCAUCCCAAGCCUCCCAAACUGGACUUAUUUUGAUGACCUUCAUAAUUUAAUCUCAAAAGCAUAUCUUCCGUUCAGAGUGAGGAGGACAAAUGCCUUCAUCCUCUUCGGAGAAACUGGGAUUUUCAUCAGGAUGAUUACUCUGAUAUUUUUGGCAUGCCCUCGAUUUAAGGAAGAUGCAUCAAUGACUAAAGUGUGGAUCACGACAGCCCAGAUUGAUUUCGCUUUCAUCGGGAUGCAAAGAGCAAUGGACUUAUACUUGUUCCAAGGCGCCAUUUCCUUUGCAGUACACUCAAAGGAGGUUCAUGAGUUUGGGAUGUUUCUUCAGAUGGUAAAACCUUACUGGACACAAGGAGACGGCUUCCUUAAGGACUUCUGGGAUCAGGCCUUUGAUUGCACAUUGCUAAAUCCUCAGGAGCCCAUGGCUGAUGGAGCAUGUACAGGAGACGAGAAACUUGAGAGCCUUCCUGCGACUGUUUUUGAAAUGCACAUGACCGGUCAUAGCUACAGCAUCUAUAAUGCUGUCUAUGUUGUGGCACAUGCCUUGCAUGCCAUGUACACAUCCAGAUCCAGUCAUGGAACAAAGGCCAUUGGUCAAAUAGCUGAACAUCAAACUCUUCAGCCUUGGCAGCUCCACUCAUUUCUUCAAGGCAUUUCGUUUAACAACUCAGCAGGAGAGACACUGUCCUUCAACGAAAACAGGGAAAUGGCAGCCGUAUUUGAUAUAACAAACUUGGUGACGUUCCCGAACAAGUCUUUCCAAAGGGUAAAAAUUGGAAGGAUAGAUCCUAGUGUUGCUGAAGGGGAAGAAUUCAUCAUUCAUGAGGAGAUGAUUCUGUGGCACCAAACUUUUAACCAGGGGCUGCCCCUUUCACUUUGUACUGACUACUGUCAGCCUGGUUAUCGGAAGAAAAUGAAGGAAGGGGAGCCGUUUUGCUGCUAUGAUUGUGUUCCAUGCUCAGAAGGAAAAAUUUCAAACCAGAAAGACAUGGACAAUUGUAUCAACUGCCCAGAAGAUCAAUAUCCAAGCAAGGACCAUGAUCACUGUAUUCCCAAGACGAUAAGCUUUCUGUCUUACAAAGAGCCUUUAGGGAUCAGUUUCACCUUUGCUGCUGCCUGUUGUUCCCUGAUCACAGUCUCGGUGCUUGGGACUUUUAUUAAACACAGAGAUACCCCCAUAGUCAAAGCCAGCAACCGAGAUACCACCUACAUUCUCCUGAACUCCCUCCUGCUCUGCUUCCUUUGCUCUUUUCUGUUUCUCGGGAAACCUCGGAAAGAGACCUGCUUUCUCCGCCAAGCUGCUUUCGGCAUCAUCUUUUCACUAGCUGUUUCUUGUGUGCUGGCCAAAACCAUCACUGUCGUUGUCGCUUUUACAGCCAUCAACCCUGGGGCCAACCUGCAGAAGUGGGUGGGGCAAAGACUGACCAACUCUGUUGUUCUUUCUUGUGCCUUUGUGCAAGUAGGAAUGUGUACAGUGUGGCUCAAAACCUCUCCCCCUUUCCCAGAUUUUGACAUGAAAUCACUGAGUAGAGAAAUCACAGCAGAAUGCAACGAAGGAUCCGUCAUCAUGUUCUAUAUUGUCCUGGGCUACAUGGGACUUCUGUCCCUCAUCACCUUGAUUGUGGCUUUCUUUGCAAGGAAAUUGCCAGACAGUUUUAAUGAAGCCAAGUUUAUCACCUUCAGCAUGCUGAUCUUUUGCAGCGUCUGGGUGUCUUUUGUCCCAACCUACCUGAGCGCCAAAGGGAAAUACAUGGUAGCCGUGGAGAUCUUCUCAAUCUUAGUUUCCAGUGCUGGCUUACUGAGUUGCAUCUUUUUUCCAAAAUGCUACGUUAUUCUGUUGAGGCCCGAGCUUAACAAGAGAGAGCAGCUGAUACAUAGAAAGCAUUAA